AGAUGUGUGACUUUGGCAUCAGUGGCUACUUGGUGGACUCUGUGGCCAAGACGAUGGAUGCCGGCUGCAAGCCCUACAUGGCCCCUGAGAGGAUCAACCCAGAGCUGAACCAGAAGGGCCACAAUGUCAAGUCUGACGUCUGGAGCCUGGGCAUCACCAUGAUUGAGAUGGCCAUCCUGUGGUUCCCUUACGAGUCCUGGGGGACCCUGUUCCAGCAGCUGAAGCAGGUAGUGGAGGAGCCAUCACCCCAGCUCCCAGCCGACCGUUUCUCCCCCGAGUUUGUGGACUUCACUGCUCAGUGCCUGAGGAAGAACCCCGCAGAGCAUAUGAGCUACCUGGAGCUGAUGGAGCACCCCUUCUUCACCUUGCACAAAACCAAGAAGACGGACAUUGCUGCCUUCGUGAAGGAGAUCCUGGGAGAAGAUUCAUAGGGGCCGGGCCUUGGACCCCACUCCGGCCCUCCAGAGCCCCACAUCCCCAUCUAGGGGGGCAGUGCUCACCCACACCAUAAGCUACUGCCAUCCUGGCCCAGGGCAUCUGGGAGGAACUGAGGGGGCUGCUCCCACCUGGCUCUCUCGACUGAAUGGACUUUGCACACUUUGGCCCAGGGUGGCCACACCUCUAUCCCGGCUUUGGUGUGGGGUACACAAGAGGGGAUGAGUUGUGUGAAUACCCCAAGACUCCCAUGAGGGAGAUGCCAUGAGCCACCCAAGGCCUUCCCUUGGCACUGGCAAACAGGGCCUCUGCGGGGCACACUGGCUCACCCAGUCCUGCCCGCCACCGUUAUCGGUGUCAUUCACCUUUUCGGUUUUUUUUUUUAAUUUAUCCUCUGUUGACUUUUUCUUUGGUUUAUGGGUUUGGCUUGUUUUUCUUGCAUGGUUUGGAGCUGAUCGCUUCUCCCCCAUCCCCUAGGGUACCAGCAGGCAGAGCCUUGCCCUCUGCUCAGGCUGGGGUCCAGUGGGAGGGGCCCAAGUUCUCUGCUCAGAGAAGUGCAGGGGGAGCCUUCCAGCUCACUCUCCCCUGAGGACUGGCUUGACAGGGGCUACGGGUUUCCUAUGGUGUCGUUUUUAAAAAAAGAAAAUAUAUUUUUUUGAAAAAACAACUGCCCAUCCCGGGUCCUUUCCCUGAUGGGUUGCAGCAGUUACCUGGUUGCUGUUUUAAUUAAAAAAAAAAAAAAAGGACUAAAGGUUGUGUGAGAUUGUGUAUGACA